CCGCACUUGUCAAUAUUGAGAAAUUUAUGCUACGUCAAGGCAACAAGAUGUUCUUUGUAUUAAAUACACUUUUGAUGUCUCAGAAAGUCCGAAUCUUGCCUUAUCAAUUGCUAGCAGGUUCACAGGAGCCGAAUAUGUAUAUCCCUAAACCAGUAGCGAAAUUCCCCCGACUCCAGACUCCAGACUCAUCAUCGACAAUGAGCAACUUCUUGCCCAACAUUUCCCUAGAUGCCGCGGGCCUCAUAACACUCGCAGAGAUAACGGUAGUAGCAGAAAGAACUGCUCUAACGGGAACCUCAAUAUACGCGGACUCGCUGGUAUUAUGUCCCGGAUUCCAUCGUCAACAGUCUGCUCCGGAGCUCAACGGGGGCGAGUUUCCAGCUGUAGCAGCAAUGACCACAGGGUAUGUCUUUCGCGUAGAAAACUCAGCAACGGUGACAUUCCUCAAAAGGCAUGGGAAAACAGGCCAAUUGGUUACUGUUGAAGUCCUUCCUCCAAAGGAUAUACAUAACAAUAAAUUCGAUAAUGUUUGCCUUACCCGGCUCCUUGACUAUAUUGGCGCUUGCUUCCAUGUUGAAAUGGCCACGCUAAUCCCUCAUUUGUUGUACUGGAGUGCCGCUAUUGCAUCACUGGCUAUUCUUGGUUUAUUUGUCUAUAUUCAAGAAUGGUGGGGAGUAUUCUGUCUUCUUGUCCUCAUGUUUUCCCGGUUCUGCAACGUAUGGGUGAUUCGUCAACGAGCGAAAAAUAUGGGCUGGAAAGGCGCAUCAGAGCCCGGUGUUCACGGCGAUCUCUUGAUCCUCAUGGGUGGCGAUUGCUGGAUCAGAAUGCAAGGCGCAGUCGACGACUUGAAAGCAGUCACCAGCGGCCAAUGGUUGCGAGACAGAACGUCCCUCGAGGAAUUUCUGACAGCCCUUUCAACCGUGUUGGUCUACAUAAAUGCGGCUUUGGUCAGCAAUAUCUGCACAUUCGGGCAGUUGGUACUGCUACUGCUGUUUAUUUUUUCGGCUGCGCUUUUGUUCUUGUCUAAUGCUACAACGACGGCGAUGAAAAUGUAUGGGAGGACAAUUCAGGUCAAAGGUCCGCCUAGACAGUAUCUUCGUAGGCGUGAUAUGGCUGAUGAAUUGAUUCGCGAGUCGAAUCGGAAGGAUUGGGCACGACGUUUGGGCCUCAUUGUUGAUGAUGAUGAUACAAGCCAGUCCCCGGUUGUUAUGUGACCUGGAAUGACUGUUGAUGCCUCUUGAAAGGAAAGUAUGCAGGUUUCUGACAUUUGGAGACCGGGAGGAAGUCAAUUUAAGCCACCAACUCUUCCUAAGGAUAUUGGGAGGAUAAGUCAAUUCAUUCUUGAUUGGGCAUCAUUAUUGACGGAUAGGAAUUUGGAAUGGAAUGAGACUCUUCUCUCAUUUCGUGUCAGGUUACAAAUAUUGCCAGGAUGACGAUGAUUAUAUGAUUGAUGAGACACGAAGCCCAUGUACAAUUGACGCUUAAGAUUUAACUUGAAGUAUCAAUUGAUCAGUUAACAGCUUAUGAUAAGUUUUAUCUAUUAACUAACGAUACAUAGAUCACAC